CUAAAAAUACCGCUCAUACCGCAGCAGGCUCAGAGUAAUUUCUCCCCUCCCUGUCUCGACAUUUCUUGCGCCCUCGCCCCUGUCCCUGUCUCUCCUCCCCCUCUCACCUCUGUCUCGCUCAACUCUGGUUUGGUGUUCACAUAGAAGGAGAGAGCGAGAGAAGCAAGCGAGCGAGCAAGGAUCAGGAGCAGAGAGCCGGGGGCCAGGAAUUCUCUGUGGAAAGCGAAGCCGAGGGGAAGAAGAAGGGGAGGGCAGUGAAGAGCGCGCGUCGCGUUUGAUCUGGGAAUUCAAAACGUACAGUGCUACCUACUGUGAUAUAAAGGCCGAAACAAAUUGGUUUGACUGUGUUCUGGUCUCAACACAAGGUUGCGGAACCAUGGUUUCUAAAUCAUAUUCAAAUCUGCUAGACAUGACCUGUGGAGAUGGAUUUGACUUUCGCCAACCUUUUAAGUCUCUUCCUCGUGUUGUAACUUCUCCUGGCAUUAUAUCUGAUCCUGACUGGGAUACAAGAAGUGAUGGUGAUUCAGUUGGUUCAGCAUCUUCUACUGAGAGGAAAAUAAUUGUUGCCAACUUCCUUCCACUGAACUGUACAAAAGAUGAAGCUGGGCAAUGGUCCUUCUCAUUGGAUGAUGAUGCACUACUCAUGCAACUUAAAGAUGGUUUUUCAAAUGAGACUGAUGUUGUGUAUGUGGGCAGUUUGAAAGUUCAGGUAGAUCCCAGUGAGCAGGACCAAGUUGCACAGAAGCUUCUUAGAGAAUAUCGAUGCAUACCUACUUUUCUCCCUUCUGACCUCCAGCAGCAGUUCUAUCAUGGAUUCUGCAAGCAGCAAUUGUGGCCACUUUUCCACUAUAUGCUCCCCAUUUGCCUUGACAAAGGUGAGCUAUUUGAUCGCAACCUGUUUCAAGCCUAUGUCCGAGCCAACAAACUUUUUGCGGACAAAGUUAUGGAAGCGAUCAAUACAGAUGAUGAUUAUGUUUGGGUUCAUGAUUAUCACCUCAUGCUGCUCCCUACAUUCUUAAGGAAGAGGUUACACCGAAUAAAGCUUGGUUUCUUCCUUCACAGUCCAUUCCCCUCCUCAGAAAUCUAUAGGACUCUGCCUGUAAGGGAUGAAAUCCUGAAGUCACUGCUUAAUGCUGAUCUAAUUGGUUUUCAAACAUUUGACUACGCUCGCCACUUCCUUUCUUGUUGUAGCAGAUUGCUAGGCUUGCAUUAUGAAUCAAAACGUGGUUACAUUGGAAUAGAGUACUUUGGCCGAACAGUGAGUCUGAAGAUCCUCUCAGUGGGUGUCCUUGUUGGUCGACUUGAAUCUGUCUUGAAGUUGCCUGCUACUGUGAGCAAGGUUCAAGAAAUUGAACAGAGGUAUAAAGGCAAGAUGCUGAUGUUAGGAGUAGAUGACAUGGACAUUUUCAAAGGAAUAAGUCUAAAACUUCUUGGGCUGGAGCUUCUUCUAGAGAGAAAUCCGAAGCUUAGAGGGAAGGUUGUCCUUGUACAGAUUAUCAAUCCAGCAAGAAGCACAGGGAAGGAUGUGCAGGAAGCUAUUACAGAAGCUGUCUCUGUGGCUGAAAGGAUUAAUAUGAAGUAUGGUUCUUCAGGUUACAAGCCUGUUGUCCUAAUUGACCAUCACAUACCAUUUUAUGAAAAGAUUGCAUUCUAUGCUGCAUCUGAUUGUUGUAUUGUAAAUGCUGUUAGGGAUGGUAUGAACUUGGUACCAUAUGAGUAUACUGUUUGCCGACAGGGAAAUGAGGAAAUAGAUAAACUCAGAGGUGUUGACAAAAACACCCAUCACACAAGCACACUUAUUGUUUCAGAGUUUGUUGGUUGCUCCCCAUCUCUUAGCGGUGCUUUCAGAGUAAAUCCUUGGAGUGUCGAUGAUGUGGCUGAUGCCUUGUACCGUGCAACUGAUUUGACUGAAUCUGAGAAACGGCUGCGGCAUGAAAAGCACUAUCGCUAUGUCAGUACUCAUGAUGUUGCUUACUGGGCACGAAGCUUUGCUCAAGAUCUGGAAAGAGCAUGCAAAGAUCAUUACAGCAGAAGGUGUUGGGCUAUUGGGUUUGGUCUGAACUUUAGAGUUAUCGCUCUUUCUCCUGGCUUCAGAAAGUUGUCUUCGGAGCACUUUGUUUCUUCCUAUAACAAGGCUUCCAGAAGAGCAAUAUUUCUUGACUACGAUGGUACACUUGUGCCCCAGUCAUCAAUCAACAAAGCUCCAAGUGCAGAACUCAUUUCCAUUCUUAACACCUUAUGUAACGAUCCAAAGAACAAUGUAUUUAUAGUCAGUGGAAGAGGACGAAACUCCCUUGAUGAGUGGUUUUCUCCAUGUGAGAAGCUUGGUAUAGCUGCAGAACAUGGCUAUUUUAUCAGAUGGAACAAGGAAGCUGCAUGGGAAUCAAGCUAUUCAAGUCCGCAUCGUGAAUGGAAGCACAUUGCUGAACCUGUCAUGCAAGUAUACACUGAGACAACUGAUGGAUCCUUCAUAGAGCCAAAGGAAAGUGCUCUAGUAUGGCACUAUCUGGACGCAGACCAUGAUUUUGGUUCCUGCCAAGCAAAGGAACUACUGGAUCAUCUUGAGAGGGUGCUAUCAAAUGAACCUGUUGUUGUAAAGUGCGGUCAUUAUAUUGUAGAAGUGAAACCACAGGGAGUUAGUAAGGGGUUUGCUGUUGACAAGCUAAUCCGCACCUUGGUCAACAAUGGGAAAUCACCAGAUUUUCUGAUGUGCAUCGGUAAUGAUCGAUCUGACGAGGACAUGUUCGAAAGCAUCAAUGGCAUGACCUCCAAUUCUGUAUUAUCACCCACAGUUCCGGAGGUCUUUGCUUGUUCGGUUGGCCAAAAGGCCAGCAAAGCAAAGUACUACGUUGAUGACACUGGAGAAGUAAUCAGAUUACUGAAGAAUGUAACUCGUGUUUCGUUGCAACGGGAGGAUGUCAGUCAUGGACGUGUGAGCUUCAGAGAUGUACUUGAUUAUGCGGACUAAGCCACCAGAAAUUUACCUGAACAAGUUAGCUGCAAUGCGAAGCAUGUACAUUCCAGUGUCUUCAUCUCUCAGUGAUUCAUUCUAGGAGGGUGUGUUAUCCAGAGUUCUAGACUCGCUGACAUGAAUAAUCACCAUCGUAAGAACAGCAGAAAUGCGAGUUGAUGUUUGCAAAGGUUCGGGUGAUGCAUAUGUAGACAAUUUUGCUAGGAAAGGAAGGUUCUUGCUGGAGGUUUGCAGUGUGAUAGGAAAGCCUCUAUUGACCGGAGGUUUGCUGGCUUCUACAAAUGAUUGUUUGAAUCCGUUCUCCUGCUAUAUUGAUGAUUACGUUGGUUCUUCCGAGUUUCUCUGGGGAACUUGCAUUGUUGAUCCUUAGCUCAUUGUAGGUCUAUAUGGUGUGACAUAUUUUAGCCCCUCCAGUCGUAAGACCUGUUAUCUCAAUCCCUGAACUUUAAAAUGUGGUAUCAUGACAUCUAUGGUUCAAAAGCAAGGAUUUCCUAGCUGAAAA